AUCAUUCGAGCCUAUCUUCACUCUGUUUCGGACUGGUCAUGUCGACCUCGACAGGCCUACCAUCCUAGUCUUUGGAUGAAUGACAGGCCUUCAAGGUAAAUGAGACUGCCCUUCCUGGUUUCUGAGUGGAUUACAUGAAAUUAAGCUCAGGUGGGUCUGGUGUCUACAUUCACUGCUCGUGUUACUGCCUGGAUGUUUGAUCUCACUGUGUUUCAACUGCAGAAAAGUUCUCAUUCUAUCAGAUGUGUUAGUCUGCUACUAUAAGAGUUGCUCUCAUCUCUUUUCUCCAUCUCCUCGCUCCUUCUUGCCCUUCACCUUCUUCAUGCCAUCUUUCCUCUCAUCCCGCUCCAGUCAAGCGUCAAGAUGAAGCUUAUCGCUCUUAUUUUAUCUCUGCUCUGCCUUGCCCAGGCAUCCUGCAUCCCCCAGCCUGGCACCGAGACUCCCAGGCCUCCCUCUCACCCUCCCCCAAGACCUCUCCCUAGCUCUCCUUCUAUUCCCCCCUUUAGCCCAACGCUCCCCGGUGCAGACAAUGGCCUGAACAGCACCAACCUCAAUCCAAGUCCAGCCGGCUACCGCUCGAUGGCCUACUUUGUCAACUGGGCAAUCUACGCCCGCGCACACAACCCCCAAGAUCUCCCGACAAGCCACCUAACCCACAUCCUUUACGCCUUUGCCAACAUCCGCCCCGAGACCGGCGAAGUCUACCUGACAGACACCUACGCGGACCUUGAGAAACACUAUCCAACGGACUCCUGGAAUGACCCCGGCACGAACAACGUCUACGGCUGCAUCAAGCAGCUGUAUCUCCUCAAGAAGAAGAACCGCCACCUCAAGGUGCUUUUGAGUAUCGGCGGCUGGACGUACUCGAAGAACUUUGCGCAGCCGGUGAGCACGGCCCGGGGAAGAAGGGCAUUUGCGGAAUCGGCUGUCAAGCUUAUGGGGGAUUUGGGGAUGGAUGGGCUGGAUGUUGAUUGGGAGUACCCCGAGACCGACGCACAAGCGGACGACUUUGUGGAACUGCUCCGUGAGACUCGGCAGGAACUAGACCGCUACAGCGCUGCACACGCAAACAGGAACCACUUCCUUCUCAGCGUUGCCUCGUCUGCCGGCCCCUCAAAAUACACAACCCUCCACCUAUCCCAAAUGGCCCCGCUCCUCGACUUCUACAACCUAAUGGCCUACGACUACAGCGGAAGCUGGGACAGGAUAACCGGCCACAGCGCCAACCUCUUCCCCUCGCCCAACACGCCCCAAACAACACCUUUCAACACGCACAGCGCAAUAACCUCCUACCUCAGCGCAGGAAUCCCUCCCUCAAAGAUAAAUCUCGGCAUGCCGCUCUACGGGCGCGCAUUCGCCAACACUGACGGGCCGGGGACAUCCUUCACAGGCGUCGGGUACGAGGGGAGCUUCGAGGCCGGGAUCUGGGAUUACAAGGCCCUUCCGAAACCGGGCGGGCGCGUUGUCGAGGUCCCCGAGUUGGGGGCGAGUUUCUCGUAUGAUGGAGCACGACGGGAGGUUGUGAGUUUUGAUACGGUCGGGGUUGCGAGGAGGAAGGGUGGGUAUGUGGUGUUGACGGGGUUGGGGGGUGGGAUGUGGUGGGAGAGUAGUGGGGAUCGCGAGGUGGGGAGUGGGGGGAGUUUGGUUGAAACGUUCGUAAACUCCAUCGGCGGCACCGACGCCCUGGAGAGAUCGCAGAACCAGCUCGAGUACCCGGCAUCGAGGUUUGAGAAUUUGCGAAAGGGGUUCGCAUGA